AUGCUAUGCCACCGUCGGAACAGAUGCUUCGCCCCACUGCUCGCUUACGACACCCUACUGCACGCUAACGUCGCCCCGCUGCUCGCUACUGUCGUUAUCGCUGCUCACUAUCGUCAUUGCGCUGCUGCCGCCAUGCUGUUCGCUACCAUCGCAACCCUACUCGCUGCCAUCGCAACCCUGCUCGCUGCCAUCGCAACCCUGCUCGCUGCCAUCGCAACCCUGCUCGCUGCCGUCGCCGCUCUGCUCGCUAUUCGCCCCGCUGCUGGCUACCGUCGCAACCAAUCCUGCCUGUCGCCAUCGUCGCUGCUUACCACCGCCGAUUCCUCACGCACGCGCCCUGCACAAAGCAAAAUCAGCGCUCUCUCUCGCGCUCUUUUUCCCGCACACUCAUGCGCAUUCUCUCUCUUACGUCCUUUCUCUCGCGCACUCUCACGCACAUUCUCUCUCUCAAACGCCCUCUCACGCGCACCCUCACACGCUCCCUCACACGCUCUCUCACGCGCUCUUACACGCGCUCUCUCACGCGCUCUCACACACGUUCUCUCACCCGCUCUCUCAUGCGCACUCUCACGCGCUCUCUCACGCUCCCUCACGCGCUCCCUCGCACACUCUCAGGCACACUCUCACGCACUCCCUCUCGCGCUCUCUCUCGCGCACUCUCACCACAUUCUCUCUCUCGCGCACUCUCACCACAUUCUCUCUCUCGCGGACUAUCACACGCAUUCUCUCUCUCGCGCUCUCACGCGCACUCACACGCGCUCCCUCACGCGCUCUCUCAUGCUCACUCUCACGCGCACUUUCACGCACUCUCUCCUGUGCUCUCUCACGCGCUCUCUCACGCGCUCUCAUGCGCCCUCUCGCGCUCUCUCACGCACUCUCUCACGCGCUCUCUCAAGGCACACUCUCAGGCACACUCUCACGCACUCUCUCUCGCGCUCUCUCUCGCGCAUUCUCACCACGUUCUCUCUCUCACACGCACUCUCACGCGCUCUCUCACACGCUCUCUCACGCGCUCUAUCAAGGCGUACUCUUAGGGGCACUCUCAGGCGCUCUCUUUUGCGCUCUUUUUCCCCCACGCUCACGCGCAUUCUCUCUCUUACGUCCUUCUCUCGCGCACUCUCACGCACAUUCUCUCUCUCAAACGCUCUCUCACGCGCAUUCUCUCUCUUACGUCCUUUCUCUCGCGCACUCUCACGCACAUUCUCUCUCUCAAACGCUCUCUCACGCGCACCCUCACACGCUCCCUCACACGCUCUCUCACGCGCUCUCACACGCGCUCUCUCACGCGCUCUCACACGCGUUCUCUCACCUGCUCUCUCAUGCGCACUCUCACGCGCUCUCUCACGCUCCCUCACGCGCUCCCUCGCGCACUCUCAGGCACACUCUCACGCACUCCCUCUCGCGCUCUCUCACGCGCACUCUCACCACAUUCUCUCUCUCGCGGACUAUCACACGCAUUCUCUCUCUCGCGCUCUCACGCGCACUCACACACGCUCCCUCACGCGCUCUCUCAUGCUCACUCUCACGCGCACUUUCACGCACUCUCUCAUGUGCUCUCUCACGCGCUCUCACGCACGUGCUCUCUUGCGCUCUCACGCGCUCUCUUGCGCUCUCUCACGCGCUCUCUCACGCGCUCUCUCACGCACUCUCUCAUGCGCUCUCUCACGCGCUCUCUCACGCGCUCUAUCAAGGCGCACUCUUAGGGGCACUCUCAGGCGCUCUCUUUCGCGCUCUUUUUCCCGCACGCUCACGCGCAUUCUCUCUCUUACGUCCUUUCUCUCGCGCACUCUCACGCACAUUCUCUCUCUCAAACGCUCUCUCACGCGCAUUCUCUCUCUUACGUCCUUUCUCUCGCGCACUCUCACGCACAUUCUCUCUCUCAAACGCUCUCUCACGCGCACCCUCACACGCUCCCUCACACGCUCUCUCACGUGCUCUCACACGUGCUCUCUCACCCGCUCUCUCAUGCGCACUCACGCGCUCUCUCACGCUCCCUCACGCGCUCCCUCGCGCACUCUCAGGCACACUCUCACGCACUCCCUCUCGCGCUCUCUCGCGCACUCUCACCACAUUUUCUCUCUCGCGGACUAUCACACGCAUUCUCUCUCUCGCGCUCUCACGCGCACUCAUACGCGCUCCCUCACGCGCUCUCUCAUGCUCACUCUCACGCGCACUUUCACGCACUCUCUCAUGUGCUCUCUCACGCGCUCUCACGCACGUGCUCUCUUGCGCUCUCACGCGCUCUCUUGCGCUCUCUCACGCGCUCUCUCACGCGCUCUCUCACGCUCCCUCACGCGCUCCCUCGCGCACUCUCAGGCACACUCUCAUGCACUCCCUCUCGCGCUCUCUCACGCGCACUCUCACCACAUUCUCUCUCUCGCGGACUAUCACACGCAUUCUCUCUCUCGCGCUCUCACGCGCACUCACACACGCUCCCUCACGCGCUCUCUCAUGCUCACUCUCACGCGCACUUUCACGCACUCUCUCAUGUGCUCUCUCACGCGCUCUCACGCACGUGCUCUCUUGCGCUCUCACGCGCUCUCUUGCGCUCUCUCACGCGCUCUCUCACGCGCUCUCUCACGCACUCUCUCAUGCGCUCUCUCACGCGCUCUCUCACGCGCUCUAUCAAGGCGCACUCUUAGGGGCACUCUCAGGCGCUCUCUUUCGCGCUCUUUUUCCCGCACGCUCACGCGCAUUCUCUCUCUUACGUCCUUUCUCUCGCGCACUCUCACGCACAUUCUCUCUCUCAAACGCUCUCUCACGCGCAUUCUCUCUCUUACGUCCUUUCUCUCGCGCACUCUCACGCACAUUCUCUCUCUCAAACGCUCUCUCACGCGCACCCUCACACGCUCCCUCACACGCUCUCUCACGCGCUCUCACACGUGCUCUCUCACCCGCUCUCUCAUGCGCACUCACGCGCUCUCUCACGCUCCCUCACGCGCUCCCUCGCGCACUCUCAGGCACACUCUCACGCACUCCCUCUCGCGCUCUCUCUCGCGCACUCUCACCACAUUUUCUCUCUCGCGGACUAUCACACGCAUUCUCUCUCUCGCGCUCUCACGCGCACUCAUACGCGCUCCCUCACGCGCUCUCUCAUGCUCACUCUCACGCGCACUUUCACGCACUCUCUCAUGUGCUCUCUCACGCGCUCUCACGCACGUGCUCUCUUGCGCUCUCACGCGCUCUCUUGCGCUCUCUCACGCGCUCUCUCACGCGCUCUCUCACGCGCUCUCUCACGCGCUCUCUCACACGCACCCUCACGCGCUCUCUCAUGCGCUCCCUCACGCGCUCUCUCACGCGCUCUCUCACGCGCUCUUUCAUGCGCUCUCUCACGCGCUCUCUCACGCGCUCUAUCAAGGCGCACUCUUAGGGGCACUCUCAGGCGCUCUCUUUCGCGCUCUUUUUCCCGCACGCACACGCGAAUUCUCUCUCUUACGUCCUUUCUCUCGCGCACUCUCACACACAUUCUCUCUCUCAAACGCUCUCUCACGUGCAUUCUCUCUCUUACGUCCUUUCUCUCACGCACUCUCAUGCACAUUCUCUCUCUCAAACGCUCUCUCACACGCACCCUCACACGCUCCCUCACACGCUCUCUCACGCGCUCUCACACGCGCUCUCUCACGCGCUCUCACACACGUUCUCUCACCCGCUCUCUCAUGCGCACUCUCACGCGCUCUCUCACGCUCCCUCACGCGCUCCCUCGCGCACUCUCAGGCACACUCUCAUGCACUCCCUCUCGCGCUCUCUCUCGCGCACUCUCACCACAUUCUCUCUCUCGCGGACUAUCACACGCAUUCUCUCUCUCGCGCUCUCACGCGCACUCACAUGCGCUCCCUCACGCGCUCUCUCAUGCUCACUCUCACGCGCACUUUCACGCACUCUCUCAUGUGCUCUCUCACGCGCUCUCUCACGCGCUCUCAUGCGCCCUCUCGUGCUCUCUCACGCACUCUCUCACGCGCUCUCUCAAGGCGCACUCUCAGGCACACUCUCAUGCACUCUCUCUCUCGCGCUCUCUCUCUCGCAUUCUCGCCGCGUUCUCUCUCUCACGCGCUCCCUCACGCGCUCCCUCACGCGCUCUCUCACGCGCUCUCUCACGCGCUCUCUCACGCGCUCUCUCACGCGCUCUCUCACGCGCUCUCUCACGCGCUCUCUCACGCGCUCUCUCACACGCUCUCAUAUGCGCACACGCUCUCCCUCGCGCUCCAUCUCUUUCUUCUUCAAAUGAAAGUGCAAUGCAAAAAACAACCCGCGCUCGCGCACCAACCCGCGCUUGCGCUCGUGCACCUGUCGCCGGACGAGACGGCGGAGAGGGAAGGAGAGGCGACGGCGGGGAGUGGGGAGAGGCGACCGCGGGGAGGAGCGAGAGGCGACGGCGGGGAGGAGGGAGAGGCGACCGCGGGGAGGAGGGAAAGGCGACGGCGGGGAGGAGGAGAGGCGACGGCGGGGAAGGAGGAGAUGCGACGGCGGGGAGGAGGAGAGGCGACGGCGGGGAGGAGGAGAGGCGACGGUGGGGAGGAGGGAGGCGACGGCGGGGAGGAGGGAGAGGCGACGGCGGGGGGAGGGAGGAGGAUAGGCGACGGCGGGGAGGAGGGAGGCGACGGCGAGGAGGAGGGAGGCGACGGCGGGGAGGUAAGGGAGAGGAGAUGGCGGGGUGGAUGGGACGGAGUGAUUGUGAGGUGGGUAAGAGAGGUGUCAGCGGGUAGUGAGGGAGAGGAUACGGCUGGAUGGAGCGAGACCGACGGCUAG